AUUCUCUCAUUCUCUCUGUCUGCGUUUCAUACUCGUCCCACCCAUGACGACAACCACCUUAAUUCAGGUCCUGAUCGGGCUGAGUCUGCUCUAUCUUCUCCUGUAUCGACUUCUCUAUCGAUCGCGACCAUCUGCACCUUUGCCCCCAGGGCCCAAAGGCAGGCCAAUAAUUGGCAAUCUGGCGGAUUUGCCGCCGGCGGGAAUGCAGGAAUGGAAACAUUGGUUGCAGUUUAAGGAGCGCUACGGCCCGAUCAGCUCGCUGACCAUCCUGGGACAAACCAUCGUGAUUCUCAAUGACGCUCGCAUGGCAUUCGAUCUGCUGGAGAAGCGCUCGAGUAUCUACUCCUCACGGCCCCGACUAACCUUUGCGGGUGAGAUCGUUGGCUGGAAUGGCUCCCUGGCAAUGCAGACCUACAGCGACCAGUUUCGAGCCUAUCGAAAAGUGAUGCAUCGCGUUCUGGGUACCAAGACGACCACGGCGCGAUUCAAUUCGUUGCAGGAGGUGGAAGUGCGGCGGUUCUUGAUGCGCGUGCUUGAUUACCCGGAGGAUUUGAUCCAGCAUAUUCGGACUGAGGCCGGGGCGGUUAUCCUCAAGAUCGCAUACGGAUACACAACCGAGCCGCAUGGACGUGAUCCCCUUGUGGACUUGGCCAAUGAGGCCAUGGACCAAUUCUCUAUCGCGGGGAGUCCCGGUCAGUGGCUGGUUGAUACGAUUCCGAUCUUAAAACACGUACCUGCAUGGUUUCCCGGCGCGGGUUUCAAGCGCACCGGUCUCGCGUGGAACAGGAUCCUGCUCACGACCGUAGAAAAGCCCUACCAAUUCGUCCGACAACAGAUGCAGCGCGGGAAACACACCCCAUCAUAUGUGUCAAGUCUGCUGGAGGGACGUGACCUGAGCACCCUGACUCCAGAGGAGGAGUACAUCAUCAAGUGGACGGCGGGCUCACUUUAUACCGGGGGAGCGGAUACGACCGUCUCCGUCCUCUCCACCUUCUUCCUCGCCAUGGCCCUCUACCCGGAAAUUCAAAAAAAGGCCUACGAGGAGAUCGAGAGCGUGCUAGGACGGUGCCGUCUCCCGACCUUCGCCGACCGCGAACGCUUACCCUACAUCGGGGCGAUCGUGAAGGAGUCUCUGCGCUGGCAUCCCAUCGCCCCGACGGGGAUUCCACAUGAGUGUACGGAAGAUGAUAUCUACGAGGGAUAUCUGAUCCCGAAGGGUUCAAUUGUGAUUCCGAACAUCUGGCAAAUGACCCAAGACCCAAGUACCUAUGCCAAUCCAACCGCCUUCGACCCAACCAGGUUCCUAUCCCCCAACCCGCAAAUGGACCCGCACCUUCUAGCCUUCGGCUUCGGACGCCGCAUCUGCCCCGGUCGGCUGCUGGCCGACAACACCAUCUUCCUGACGAUCGCGCAGUCGCUGGCGAUGUUCCAGAUUACGCCGGGGGAUGCGACGCUGAAGGCGGAGUUUGCGCCGGGGGUGGUGAGCCAUCCGCUUCCGUAUGCGCUGCGGGUGGAGGCGCGGAGUGAGGAGCAUUUGAAGGUGGUGAGGGGUGGGGUCGAGGAGGUUGGGUGGGGGGUUAGUGAUGCUGGGGCGUUGUCGGGGGUGGUUUGUUAG